GAGCAGAGGACGGCUAGAGCGUUGCCCGCCGGAGCGGCUUUCCCUUCAUUAGUCCUCCUUCCCAAGAUGGCGCAAUCAGUUAAUAUCACGGAGUUGAGUCUGCCGCAGCUAGAAAUACUCAAGAAUCAGCUGGAUCAGGAAGUGGAGUUCCUGUCCACGUCCAUUGCCCAGCUCAAGGUGGUACAGACGAAGUAUGUGGAAGCCAAGGACUGUCUGAAUGUGCUGAGCAAGAGCAACGAGGGGAAAGAGCUACUCGUCCCAUUGACCAGUUCUAUGUACGUUCCUGGGAAGCUACAUGAUGUGGAACAUGUGCUCAUCGAUGUGGGAACUGGCUACUAUGUAGAGAAGACAGCUGAGGAUGCAAAGGACUUCUUCAAGAGGAAGAUAGACUUCCUCACCAAGCAGAUGGAGAAAAUCCAGCCAGCUUUGCAGGAGAAGCAUGCCAUGAAACAGGCUGUCAUGGAGAUGAUGAGCCAAAAGAUUCAGCAGCUCACAGCCCUGGGAGCAGCACAGGCUACUGCCAAGGCCUGAGCCCGUUGCAGAAAUGGGGCAGAGGGUAUCCUACUUUAGGAACCUGGGACUUCAUGGGCGUGGCUUUUGGUGUGGAGAAGAGAAAGGUUUUGUAUUUAAUGCUAAUAAACGUGUCAGCUGGGCCAGAA